CCCCGUAUCUGACUUGACGGUGAUUAUUCUUUGCCGGCAAACCAACAUUCCUGGAUUCGAUCGCUUUUUGAACAUCUCCAAAUCUCAGAUUUCCCUCUCCAGGCAAGGCGGCCAACUAAAGGUGUUCUGAAGGAUGGCUGAAGAAGGAAGUAGUUCCCCGCUCUCCUCCGUCCUCUCCUCCCCUCCGCCUUCUCCUCCCUGGAGCGUGACUGGGGACUGGAAUGGCACUCAUGUGCAGGAGACCGAUACGGCUGCGCAGGUGGCUUUGGAGGAGCGAGCAACCGAAGAGCCAGCAGUCGAAGAACCAGCGAUCGAAGAACCAGCAGUCGAAGAACUCGUGGUCACAAGUCCGGCAGUCAAAAAGCCAGCAGCCAAAAAGGGAGCAGCCAAAAAGUCAGCAGUCGAAAAGUCAGCAAUCGAAAAGCCAGCAGUCAAAAAGCCAGCCGUCAAAAAACGAUCUGUCAAGGAGCCAGAGGUUCAAGGACCUGAAGAACCUGAAGAAGGACUGACUAUGCCGUUGGCGGCACCAAGUGCUUCCCCAGAAAACAAGACAGUACCUCGACCAUCAAAUCAACCAGAACCUCAGGAACCAGAAGGAGAAGCUUCUACAUCCUGGACCGCAAUAAAUCUCCCACCACGGAGACCACAAUCAGUCAAAGAGCCAGAAGUUCCAACACGUGAAGAAGAAGCGGCUGCGCCAUCAGCUGUACCAAGUCCCGUCCUCAAGAAGAGAAAACCAGUCAAAGAGCCAGAAGUUCCAACACGUGAAGAAGAAGCGGCUGCGCCAUCGGCUGCACCAAGUCCCAUCCCCAAGGAGAGAACACCAUUGCCUGAACCAGUUAAUUCCAAGCAGGAUGUGGCUGAUUCACGCAAUACACUCAAGCCAAAACUGACGAGGGGCGCGUGUACUCCUUGCCGUGAGAAGAAGCUCAAGUGCCUUAAAGAGAAGCCGAUCUGCUCGCGAUGUUCUGGAUCUGGCACGCAUUGUGUUUACGCUUUUGAACAGCCGCGGAAAGGAAUUUCAGCAGCGGCUCGUCCAGCGUUGUCCAAGGCUGAGGCCGUUCCAGCGGAUGGGGGCGAGCCAAAAGCUUUGGGUUCGUCCAAUUCGCACGAGGAUUCGGCAGUACAGAACCCGGAAGUCAAGAAGGAAGUCGAUAUACCGAAAAUCGGAGCAGCAGCAGUCACCGAUCCAUCGAUCAAUGGACAGGACUUCAAAGGUCCGAAAAACGAGGACCCAAGCACAGUGACGAAAAGGGCCCGCAAAAAUGCAAGUGGGCAAACGCCAGAGGACGCCGUUCUAAACGGCGAUGCACAGAGUUCAAGAGACACACGUCGUUCUGAAAGCAGUGGUGAGCAACUGGAUACUGAGCCCAGAAAGCGUAAAGCCUCGGAUCAAGACAAAUCUAGCACUGCUAAAAGGCCACAACAUGCCGGAGCAGCGCCAAAAAAAACAAACCUGGACAGAAAGUGGGAAGCACCUUUCGUCUAUACCGAUGAGAAUUCCCCUCUUACCAAUGCUGAUCUUAGAGCCAUACUGCUGCUCCCGCAAGCAUGGGACGUGUUGACACCAGAGGAGAGGAAAGACAUUCUCGCCAAAUUCCCCGACGACAGCCAUAUCCUGGAUGCAGGGACUGAGAAUGCCCGACCGGAUCUUGUCUCGUUGCGCAAUAAUGAUCAUUUCAGAUACGAUUGUGCUCGGUAUCUUGAAAACAUUGAGCGGGGUCGGCAUGAUGAACAAUGGCUUCAGGAGGCCUGGGUCGCUCAUGAGAAGCACAAACGAGGCGACUAUGAUGAUUUUCUGAGAAAGGAGUUUGAGAACGACUGGGCGACAAAGAUACCAGAGGAGUUGCUUCAGAAAACCAGCCGGAAGAACGAGAUGCUCGGGCCAGAUGCUACUGUAGCAGUGUCCGAGAAUACGGCAAUAGCAAAUGAACAGCACAAAGCUCUUCCUGGACGCGCUAAGGGCGCUUCAGUGAUGCAAGAAGUGCCUCCUGCCAAUCCAGCAUCUCUUGAUGCGACCGAGGCGAAUGGAUCUGUCCAGGGCGUCACGGAGGGUACCCAGAGUAUAGACCACAUCGCCAAACAUCACCCCAACGGUAACGGUCGUGGAGAUUCCAAUAUGAACGGGGCACAGUAUACCGAACUACGGUUCGAAGUACCACAAGAGGCCGAUUGAUGCUUCUUCGAAGCAAUAGAACACAGAACACCAGCGAGGAACACUUAUGCCGAUCUUCAUCUUUGACGGUUCCCAACUUUAAACUACUGC